UAUCAUUAGAGUAAUUAUAAAUAAUUUUUUGUAUAUAAAUAUAAAAUCUCAAUUUUGACAUUCAUUAUUAUUAAAAUUGUUAACAAUAUGCAAUUAUUAUACAAAAAUCAAUUACUACAGAGCUUUCUCGCAAUUAUUCAAUCCAAAUUAUGUCUUAACAUGUCUUAACAUUUCAAGUACUAUAUCUAAAGCAGCUUUUAUAUGUUGAAACAAGAUGAGAUGCAAGAAUUAAUUCCAUAAAAAUUAUUAUUAUAAAAUUUUACGAGAUUUUUCUGUUUUAAACAAUUAUAAACAAGAAAAUGUCUGGACCUAUGGUAUUAUGUCAAUUAUGGAUGGGUGGUUUAGAACCAUAUAUGACAGAAAGUUUUAUAAUGAAUGCUUUUCAUAAAAUGGGAGAACAACCACAAACAGUUAAAGUAAUGAGAAACCGUUACACUGGUGAACCUGCAGGUUAUUGCUUUGUACAUUUUCCAACUGACGAAAUGGCACUUGAUGCCAUGCAUAAAUUAAAUGGCAAAGUGAUACCUGGUUCAAAUCCAGCUGUAAGAUUCCGAUUAAAUCAUGCUAGUACCACAGGAAAACCAACAACAGAAAGAGAAUUUAGUAUUUGGGUUGGAGAUUUAUCAACAGAUGUAGAUGAUUAUUCUUUAUAUAGAGCAUUUGCUGCUAAAUAUAAUUCAAUUAGAACAGCAAAAGUAAUUUUAGACAGUUCUGGAUUUAGUAAAGGAUAUGGUUUUGUCAGAUUUGCUAAUGAAGAAGAGCAGAAGAAUAGUUUAGUUACUAUGAAUGGAUAUAGAGGAUUAGGAACAAAAUCAUUAAAAAUUUGCAAUGCUGUUCCAAGGCCUUGGAAUAAAUUAUCAGGGUCAACGCCUCCGCAAUCAUCAUCAGAAUAUACACCAUCAAAUUUAAAUUCAGAUGCUUACAAUUACUAUGACACAUCAUCUUACUGGAACAGUUACAGUGCAUGGCAACAAGGUUAUUAUGAAAGUGAACCUACAUCAGAUGGAUAUAAUAGCUAUAUAUCUGAUCAAAAACCUGAAGAAGAUGAAUUGGAAUUAAUUGGUAUGAAACACAUCUUUUAUAGAUAUAGCAAUAUCAUUUCAUUGAUGAAUACUUAACAUAGCAUUAACUUUAUUCUGACUAAUAUCAUUGACGAUAUGCUUUAUUUAGUGCAUAAUAUUUAAUGUAUAAUUUAAAAAAGUUUACUCAGUUUUAUGUUUUUGUUCU